ACCAACACCAUCCCUUAAUUCUUACCUGCCUCUUUCUCUAUCUCUCUCUAUCCCUUUCUCUCUCCGAUUCUACACAUUUCUCUUUAGUGCAUUUAGCGAUGCCUGUUCCUAUAAUGCCUGAGAAAUCCUUUCAAGGACUUCAUGUUUUGGGAAGAGAAAAUAGUUCAUAUCCCUUCUAUAAUAGAUUGGAGGGGAAAAUUGCAGUUGUCACCGGUGGCGCUAGAGGGAUUGGAGAGGCGACGGUGAGACUCUUUGCAAGACACGGUGCCAAGGUGGUCAUAGCUGAUGUUGAAGACACACUCGGAGCUGCACUUGCUAGCUCAUUAGCUCCCUCAGUUACCUUUGUUCACUGUGAUGUUAGCUUGGAAGAGGAUAUUGAGAACGUAAUCAAUUCUACGGUGUCCCGGUACGGACGCCUCGAUAUCCUUUUCAACAAUGCUGGGGUGCUGGGAAAUCAAUCAAAGCACAAGAGCAUAAUUGACUUUGAUAUAGAUGAAUUCGAUCAGGUGAUGCGUGUGAAUGUAAGAGGGAUGGCUCUAGGAAUCAAGCACGCGGCGAGAGUCAUGGUCCCAAGAGGAAUGGGAUGUAUAAUCUCCACGGCUAGUGUAGCAGGAGUGAUGGGAGGGCUUGGUCCUCAUGCUUACACAGCUUCAAAGCAUGCAAUUGUGGGGCUGACGAAGAACACUGCCUGCGAGCUUGGGCGGUAUGGGAUUAGAGUAAACUGCAUUUCUCCAUUUGGGGUGGCUACUUCCAUGCUUGUGAAUGCAUGGAGGAGCAGUGAUGAAGAAGAGGAGGAUUGCAUGAAUUUUGGGAUACCAUGUGAGAGAGAAGUGGAGAAGAUGGAGGAGUUUGUGAGUGGGCUGGCCAACUUGAAAGGCCAUAUACUCAGGGCUAAAGAUAUAGCCGAGGCUGCUCUUUAUCUUGCUAGUGAUGAGUCCAAAUAUGUAAGUGGACAUAACCUUGUAGUAGAUGGUGGGAUUACCACUUCGAGAAAUUGUGUUGGCUUGUAGUUCAAAUUAAUUUCUCCUUUGUAAUUCAAUUUUUUCUUUCAAUUAAUGUAGGCAAUUUACUUUGUUUUCA